CUGAGACAUCAUAUGUUCUCAAGAGCCGGACCGGUCUCACUCAUCUCAUUGCGACCGUCUACACCGACGACAUGCGAAAACGGAUGCACCGUUUGUGCCAGAAGUUGAUGACACCCUUCGACCGACCGGAAGACCUGGUAGUCGACGCGGAGGGGGAGAACGACCUGUCACCGACUCAACAGGUGGAAGAGAAUGCCGAGCGGUUGGAGAAAGAAAUGAAAGAGGCUAUACGAGAAUACUGCAAAAUUGAGGGCGAGACUCUCAAUCGAUUCAAUUCGAAUGGUAUUAUUCAUCAAUCUAGGGCUAGGAUACCCAAUUCCAAAAGAGGUGAAAUAAGUUACUGCUUGUUCUACAAAAGUGUGCAAAUCUUUUGAAUUCAAAAAAUUUUGUUUAUAUUCAAAUUCAAAUCCAGAGGGAAGUUUUCUAAUUUUCAGUAAUUUACCUUUUUGACUCUACAUUAACAGUAGGUCUUAGGGUUUUUACAAAGAGCACAAGGACAAUCAAGGACGUGGUUUAUUCUCAAGGAUAAUCGUGGAUCAUGAUUUGAUUCAAGUCUAAAAUUGGUUCUCAAUUCAGAAAUUUUUUUUAUCCUCUGUUUAGCAAAUUCAAUUCGUGAUUGAGCCUUGUGCAUCUCAACGCCCAGACUUUCAAUAGAGUGUUAAUUUUCUCAUGGCUUUCCAUGAAUAUCUGAUUUGGUAGCUUGUGGCUGUCAUGCUUUUUGUAGAUGAUUGAUGUUGAAUUUAAGAAGGACCCUGCUUGCCAAAAAAAAGGUUGGUUUCAUAUGGCUAGUUUGGUUUACUUUAGGAAGGACCCUGCUUGCCAAAAAAAGUUGGUUUCAUAUGGCUAGUUUGGUUUACUUGUGAAUAACUUUGUUCGAUUUUACUUAGGUAUAUUUGCAUUGUCGUUCCUCGUUUCAGCAAAGAAUAUCGUGAAGAUCUAAACGGGCACACACUAUCUAUUCUCAAUGGCCUCCAGGUAUGACUCCUCUUGCGGCAGUGCUACGAGGACACUUCAACGAUGGCGGAUGGCAAACGCGGCGGCGCCUCGAGCUGUUUUUGUUUCUCUGCGAGCGUGGCGCGGACGUAAAAUUUCCUUUCAUCCCUUGUGACCGGUAUGAACUAGGGUUGGGAACCGUCUCUGUGUACGGCGGCUUUACCCAAGUUUAUUCACUGGUCGAAUACGCGCACAUGAGGG